AUGGCCAUUGACAAAGUUAUCGAAAAAAUUGAUGUAAAUGACAUACUGGGAAGUAAUCAGAAAAAUGAUCACAGAAACAGCAAAACAGAGUAUUGGUGUCCUGAAGAGGUCAAAAUGGCAUGGUAUAACAACAAGUGCAAAAAAGCGAUUCGAAAGCGUCAAAAAAUAAACGAAAAAAGAUAA